AUGGAAGGCGGCGAGAGCGUUGAGGACAACUCUAAAAGCGAUGACAAGAUGGUCAAGAAAGAAGGCUGGGUGCUAAAGCAAGGACCUCCUCCGUGGAAGACGUGGAAGAAGCGCUGGCUUGUGCUUACCCCCACAGGCCUGUCUUACUUCAGCCCCAAGGGCAAGGAGAACAAGUUCAGCUUGAAGGGAAGCGUGCCCGCUACGAUGAUCGCCACAGUUGAGCUCAUGGCCAUCAACAAAAAGAAGGGCAUCUUUGGAUUCAAGGUCGAUGUGCCCACGCGCACCUACAUCUUCGCGCCACAGCCCGAGAAGCUACAGUUGAGCGAGAAGGAAGCGCAGGGCUGGAGGAAGCAAGUGCAAAAGGUGGGCACGCUAACAAAGAAAAAGAAGAAGCGAGAGGAAAAGCGUAUGCUCACCAAUCCUUCCCACGCCCAGGCCCUUUACCUGCCCCUCACGUUCUUUGAGCCUUCGCGCCUGCAAUCGGUCAGCCAGGAAUUGGAGCCGCUCUCACCGCGCGCUGAGGCCUCUGCGAGGAUGAGCCGCAGCCAGCCACCGCCCACCACAUCGUCGUCGGCCAAGAAGGGUUCGUCGCGUCACUCGCGCGAGAAGGAAAAGGAGGGCGAGAGCAAGGAGCGGGACAGAGGAGACAGGGAGAGGGAGAAGAAGGAGGACAAGGACAGGAAGCCCCGUCACCGAACCGGCAGCAAGGACAAGCGGUCCCCGGAGGGUGGCGCCAAAUCGGACGGGAAGGGCCGCACCAGCGAAAGAGAAAGAGCCAAGAGCGAACUCAAGAGGAUCGACGAAGAGCGGAAGGCAGAGAUCGAGCAGGUGGUGGAGAAGUACUUGAAGAAGAGGGACGCCAUCAUCGACGCCCUUGUCGCCAAGGAGAUCUCCUUGAUCGUGGAAAGUCAUGAGCACGAGAAGCAAGCCAUCUUGGCCCAGAUCAGGGUCAAGAGUAUCCAACUCUAG